GUAUUGCCAUGGUCCAGCAUGAUGUCAUCACCAGAGACUUGUCGUCGCCCGCACCAACCCCAGGCUAACCUGCCUCCAGUACCACCACUCCUGCUGCUACUGCUGCUGCUGCUCUCUUCCAUCCUCACUCCUGCUGCAGGGGGCGAGGACGGAGAGCUGUGUGUGGUGGAGACUCCGGUGAAGACACAGUUCGUGCGUCCAGUAGUGGAGACCAACACCAUCUGUCACGGCUGCCUCUUCCCUCGACCGCCCACGCCCACACCCGACAAUAACACGCCACCAGUACGCCAGGUGCACAUCGUGCACGUGGACAACCCUGAGGGCGGGGCUGUGGAGGUAGUGGUGGCGGGAAGGGAGGAGGCACAACAGGUCACGGCUGUGAGGGAGGAAGCACAGCAGGUCACGACAGCCAGAAUCGCACUGGUGCUGCAUACCAGCAGUGGCAAGCCACCGGUGGUGUUUACUAUCACCACCAACCCUCUCUCCAACACUACCAAGCACCUCUUACUGGUGAAUGGUGAAGAUGAGGUACGUGACAGUAACCUGCAGUACAGUGUGGUUCGUCAGCAGCAGCUGUCUGAGGAGGAGCUAAUCUCCAGCACUGAACAAAAGUUUGGUUUUAUCACCUCCUACACCAGAGUGGCUCUUGCCAACACUAUCCUCCUCCAUCUCCCUCAAGAUGAUGAAUCAGAUGAAGGGUGUGACACAGAGAUCAAAGAUGAAAGCCCAGUGGCACAGUGUUAUGUCUCGGUGGAGCAACCCAUUUCAGGCUGCUACCACCAUAACAUGCUGGGAGAAAAUGACAGAGACAUCCAUAUCAUUGAGGUGGACGGCAGCAGCAACAGCAAUGGUAGCUUGGUGUUGGCUGUGGUUGGCAGUGGUGAGGGUGGUAGCAGAGGCCUCAGCCUUGCUAGUGGCCGAGGUAUUGAGAGGAACAUUACAUUAGUGUUGCGUACCUCCAGACCCACCACCUGGUCCCUUCAUGCCACCCAGCCUCAGGUACAAAUCACUUUACAUGUGGGUGGUGGAGAUCAAGUGGAGAACACAUCAGUGUCUGGGCCAGGAGUGAUGGUGGAGGUGCGCAGGUUUGAUGUUCCUGCAACAUUUGAUCAGCUGAUACUGACAGUUCUCACCAGUGUUGGGCCUCCUGUUUCUUACACUCGUACCACCACCCCCAACAAAAUUACCAUCACUGUACUUCCAAGAAUUGAAAAUCAUGUAGUGUCAUCUUUCAUACCAGAUGAGCAGCCAACAGUGUAUGCAGAAGAUGUUGCAGCAGUUAUACAGGCUGGCUUAUCAGUGAGCUGUGAUGAAGAGUCUAUGACAGUUGCCAUUCCAGUGUACAUCUCUGAUCAUGUCGGAGGAAUCACCAUGUCCCUGGGAGACCUCUCAUGCUCGGCUCUCAUGAAUGUCUCUCACAUUGUCAUAAAGGAAAAGUUUGACCGGUGCAACUUUCUGCGACGGAGCUCCUCCUACCAAACCACUUAUAUCAAUUAUGUAAAUGUUGAGCUUGGUCCCACCAUCAGCGAUGAUGAAGAUUUUGCCGGGUCUGGUUAUGGUUCUGACGAUGAGUACUAUGCUGCCAGGAUUCCUCCAAUAAAAGUUGAGUGUGAGGUGGAGCCACGUCCAACCUAUCAUCACAUGCCUCUCCCUGCUACGCAAGCUACUUAUAAGAAG